AUGGCGGAAAGUUCCAAUUUUCGCACAUUCAGUUUACCAACUAUCACAGUAUUACUCUGUUCAGCAGGGGUUAUGAUGGGACUUGAUACAUCUUCCAUUGCGGUAUUCUUGAGUUAUGAACCGUUCAUUGGAUAUUUUGAACAUCCCAAUAGCUUCAUUCAAGGAAUGGUGGUAGCUUCCAACCCUGCUGGAGCUUUUUGUUAG